CCGCUCUUUUAAACUUUGACCACCUUUUCUCAAUCUGCUUCAACUCGUCUUCGUCAAGUGUCAGCGAGUGUCAGAUUUGAUCAUGACUGAAGAAGGCUUUGACGUGGCAGUGGUGGGCUCCUGCAUGACUGACUUGGUGAGUCAGGCUCCAAGGCUACCCAAGGCGGGCGAAACCAUCCAUGGCCACAGGUUCUUCACUGGCUUUGGAGGAAAAGGGGCCAACCAGUGCAUACAGGCCGCCAAGCUAGGUGCCAGGACUGCCAUGGUCGGCAAGGUUGGCAAAGAUUUCUUUGGAGACAGCUACAUCCAGAAUUUCAAGGACAACGGUGUUAACACAGCGUGUGUGUUCCAGGCCCCAGACGUUGCCACGGGAGCAGCUUCCAUUGUAGUGAAUGAUGCAGGUGAGAACGCCAUCGUGAUCGUGGCCGGGGCUAACCUGCUGCUGGGCGCGGCCGAGCUGCAGGCCUCCCUGCCGGCCCUGAGCCGCACCACGGUGCUGCUCUGCCAGCUGGAAAUCCGCCCCGAGUGCUCCCUGCAGGCCCUGCGCACGGCACGACAACACAACGUGAAGACAAUAUUCAACCCAGCACCAGCCGUUCCAGACUUGGACCCUGAUUUCUACACACUCUCAGAUGUUCUCUGCUGCAAUGAGUCUGAGGCAGAGCUGCUCACCGGGUCCCCGGUCGCCACGGUGGAGGACGCCCGGCGGGCGAGCGGGGAGCUCCUGGGCCGCGGCUGUGGGGCGGUGCUCCUCACCAUGGGGGCCCAGGGCUGUGUGGUGCUCGAGGCCAAGGGCGCCGCCACGCAUCACGUCCCGGCGCCGGCGGUCACGGCGGUGGACACCACGGGUGCUGGUGAUAGCUUCCUCGGUGCGUUGGCGUUCUACAUGGCUCACUACCCCGCUCUACCUCUGGAGGAGAUGGCCAGGAGAGCCAACCACGUAGCGGGAGUGAGUGUACAGGCGGUCGGCACACAAGCGUCUUACCCUUCCAGGACGGACCUGCCCGCGGAGCUGUUCUAAGAGCCAGCAUCUAUCAGAACCUCAUGUGACAAAAUCAAAUGUAAUACAUUCUAUGACGUGUAAUAUACACUUCAUUACAGUUAACCAUUAUUCUCUAGAGAUCAAUGGAAUAUAUUUGCACAAUUUAGAUUUAAAUACUAAAUUGUCUCGUGUUUAAAUCAUUAAACGAAAACAUGUCAAUCUGACCACACCAUGACGACAACCUUGAUUAUUUUGAAAGUUUGUAAAUAUCAAGCACCUUCAUGGUCCGUAUUCAAACAAUUUCAUAUUUAAUAAAAAACACUGAAUAAACAGACGUGCAUUAUUUUAACAUAUUGCCUGGAAAAACAGUUUUCAUUCUGAACACAAAUUUUACAGUUCUUUCAUAAACAGUUCAUCAGAAGAGUAUGGAAAGAGGGGGUAGAACACAAUGUGUAAUGAUGUCUUGACAGACGGAGCAUUUGAGUGGUUGGACAUAUUGUAUUGGUUUCUUAGACUAAUAACAUAACAGAAUGUUGCCCUACUUGGCCCCAUAUUCUGGGUUGCUGCCGUCAUCAACAUGGAUUGUGUAAUGUGCAUGAAAUCAUCCAGUUCGUGGGAAAACAUCCGAGGGUGUCAUUGAAGGGCAUAUUGUCAAAGUUGUAUGUUGUCCACCUCCAACGGUGUGCUCCUUUUGAUGUCCAUGUUGUGAUGCAACUUUAAAUUGACCUUAUUUUCCUCUUUUCAAAAAAUAGAACGUGUUUGUUUACUGCAAAGACAUAAAGGAAAUGACAAUUAGACAUUCAACAGCAAAAUAAGAGCCUGUAAUUGUGCCAAAACGUUUCUAGUCUACACGUGACAAUAUUGGGCAGGGAAAUUAUAGGAAGAUUAACAUUUAAGACGACUUUUAGGGUAUUUGUGUGGUCUCUGAAUAGUUGUGGAACCAGGUCUGAAAGCGACAUUAUCGAUGUUCAAUGGUGGCAUGCAUCUUAGUCACAUUGUAUGGUCACUUAUUGGAUCAAAUCUGAUGGAUACUUCAGUUCCAUAAUAAACAUUUAUUAAUACAAUUAUUGAAGAAAAUAAACAUGGGUUAAUGCUGA